AUUGUCAAAGCCAACAACCGGGACCUCUCCUUCAUCCUCCUAGUCUCCCUCCUGCUUUGUUUUUUGUCCUCCUUUUUCUUCAUUGGACAUCCAAGGAAAGCCACCUGUCUUCUCCGACAAACAGUGUUUAGCAUUGUCUUCUCAGUAGCUGUGUCUUCUGUGUUGGCCAAAACAAUCACAGUAGUGCUGGCAUUCCUAGCCUCAAAACCGGGGAAUAAAGUGAGAAGAUGGUUGGGGAAGAGCUUGGCUAAUUCCAUCAUCCUUUCUUGUUCUGCUGUUCAAAUUCUCAUCUGUACCAUGUGGUUGGGAGUUUCUCCCCCAUUUCCUGACUCUGACCUCCACUCCCAGCCAGGAAAGAUCAUUCUUCAAUGCAAUGAAGGCUCUGUCACCAUGUUUUAUGUUGUCCUUGGCUACAUGGGUUUCUUGGCUGCCAUUUGCUUCACUGUGGCUUUCCUGGCCAGGAAUCUCCCUGGGGCCUUCAAUGAAGCCAAGCUGAUCACCUUCAGCAUGCUG